CGGCUUUAAGGACCAGGUGACGGCCCUUCGUUGGGUGAAGCGGAACAUUGAAUCAUUUGGUGGGGACCCCAACUGCGUGACUGGCGGGUUAUAGUGCCGGAGGAAUGAGUGUCGUCUAUGUCUAAAGGUUUGUUUCAUUCGAGCAAUUUCCAUGAGCGGCUCGCCUUUCUCCCAAAUCCCUCGGAGCCAGGAACUCUUGUCACUGGCCGUGCGUCAGGCGCGUCUAGUCGAUUGUCCUGAUUCCUUAACGAGAGCUAUUGUCGACUGUCUCAGAACCGUUCCUUGGAGAAGACUUGGGGAUUCACUUAAAGGAUUUAGGGACUUCUCAAUCGACCCAAUAAUAAUCUGGAGACCAGUGAUCGAGAGAGACUAUGGCCAGGAGCGGUUCUUGGCUGAAGAUCCGAUGGUCAGCAUUAGGGAGGGGAGGAUCAGCUCGGUUCCUUUCAUCGUCAGUCAGACAAGAGACGAAUUCUUCUGGGAGGCUUUCUUGGUAUUGGACAACUUCAUACACACGUCCCUGAUCAACUCCGAUUGGUACCGAGUGUCGCCAAUUGCGUUCAUGCUGCCGUCGCCCUCCAACCACGCCGCUGCCGUUCUCGGAGAGGCUUAUGUGGGAAAUCAACCCCUCGAGAAUAACACAGAAGAUGCCCAAAAUCUGGGGAAGCUGUAUGGAGACGCGGUCAUUGGCUUUGGGGUUCACAGGAAGGUACUGCUCUUCCUCCAACUUGGAGUUGGACCUCCUCGACCAGUUGGUAUACCUAAGCACUGACUGGCCGGCACGAAGGCCUCAGAGAAGACCACGAUGAGCUGAUUUAUCUGUUCUCACUCCUUUGAAGACAUUCCACUAUCACCUUCUCACGACUCUAUCAUGGUGGACAAGCUCACUACUAUCGUCUACAAUUUUGCACGUACGGGGUCACGUGGGUUCGAUGGGAAGCAUGUUGAAAUGAUGAUAGCAAAUAAUGUGCGUAUCUGACUUGGAGAUGCAGAAAUAAUUGCUUCAGCGAUUGUCGUGUCCCAAUGAGUAUCGUUUUCAAGCAAAUUUAGCUCUUGACAUGCUGCACGAAAUGUGGGGCACACGAUACCAUUAACAGUUCGUAGUUAUUCAAAUGAUGUUGGCCCUCGAACAUGUACCAGCAACAACCGCAAAUAGAAACAUUCAUCAUUCUUCGGAAGAACUGUGUAAAUACGACCAAGAGCAUCAGUAGAACGCAUAUCUGGAUGACCAGGAAAUGCAUCGCCUUGCUUCCUACGUUGAAAUUUCUUCGAUGUAGCGUUCCAAGUGUAAUAACGUGGCAUUUCUGAGUAAAGCAAAGUUCGUGCGAACGGAUCACUUUGACAAAUCGCAAAUAAACUGGUCAGUGUUGUCGCUGGAGGUGUGCCGGCACGUUGAGCAGCAUUCGACGCUGUGAAAUAUACUCUCUGACCGUUUUCUAGAUGCACCCCCAAAUGUAAAACAGUGGGAUGACGUUCGUGAAUAGGGAAUGAAAAUAUACGCCAAAUUGCUUCAUUGCAGUUCACAUAUCUACCAACUUGAUAGCGCGUGAUUUCAUCGUUGGUAUUGCAUGUUUGGAUACCAAAAACCGCUCCCUUUCGUGACAUAUUUGCAAAUGUAUUUAAUUGACUUGACCGAAUUGCAAUACUCAACAUUACAAUGUGCUUUGAAUGUUUUGGAAAGAAGUGGCGAAUAUGGAACAAUCCAACUGUUGUCAACUACGAAAUCGUUUCCUUUCACUUUAGUUGUGAUAGUUCUACCAUUAUCAUUGGGCGAUCGACGCCGAUACAAUGGAUAACCAUCGUUGCCUGUAAUGGUCUCUGCCGUCAAUUUUCGUAGAUACCGUUUGGAACACUUGCCGUGCCGUAUGUCGGUUGAUAGUGCCACACGGUCCAUGAAUCAUAUUCGUGACUACAACAUCAUGUAGGUCUGGAUCGGUUUCAGGAGCAGGAAUCUCCGCACAUAUGAUGUCAUCUAUUUGAUCUGGCCGAAUUCUUUCGACUAACCAAAUCCGAAUGUGAGCAUGCGGUAGGCCUCGUUUUUGCCAUUCGAUUGAAUACAUCCAGCAUCGAGUAUUCCCAAAGACGUGUUGCUUAACAAUGUAAUUCAUUAGUGACCGAAUUUUUUGCCUGAAAACACGUGCGGUGAUGUCGUGUCGAUCACUUGAUGUUUGUCCGGGAAGCAGCAAUUGAAUAAUUUCUAUCCAUUUCGGAUUACAUGUAAAUGUAAUGAAUAGAUCUGGCCGACCAUAAUGACGAACAUAUGUCAUAUUCAUGCAAAUGACGCGGGCUACCUAUGUAUGUCGCCGGUAAAAUAGUCAAUCGACCAACAUUUUCUGAAUCUCCUUCUGUGCUAAUUGCAUCGCGUAAAUGGAUAUUGCAUUGCGGCUUCGCUGGGAAAGAUUAGAUCUUCUAGGACGCGGCAUUGUUAUUAAAAUGUGCACUCGCAUAAAACCACCAAAUAUAAUAACAGUGCCUGAACUUUCGAGACAUAGACAAUAGCUCAAAGGGUAUAUAACCACUACGUAUGAAUAGCUUAUCAAGAAAAAUCAUAGACAACCUAUAAAAAGACAUUUACACUUUUGUUAGCCUGUAGAUUUUUUUUCCUUAAUCUUAUAACCUUUACCAACUGAUUUUUUAUUCCCUAAAUUCUGUUCCUUCCCGAUGAUUUUAUGUUUUUACUGUAGAAUAAAUCUUAGGUAUUAUUUUCGGGAAUUAAUGUCUAAAACAAACAAAUAUAACAGUACCUGAACUUUGUAGACAUUUUACAAAAAAUAAAUUUCUGAACACACACAUGAUGUCUUCAGAAAAAAAUAAAGUUGUGGCUUAAAGGUCUCAGCAACCAGGCCAUAAGCUCCAAAAAAAAAUAGUUGUUACACUAUUUGACAGGAUUGGACAACAAAUGUUUGACAUGUAAUAAAUAAAUCAGCAUCUAUUGAAAUGAUUAAGUAUUCAUUACACAUAUCGAGUUUUCAUUGUUUUUAAGAUGUAUUCUGCUAUUCGGGACGGAAAAAAACCCAACAAAUCAAAAACCAUGGCAAUCGGUCCAGCCGUUCUCGAGUUAUAAGUGUUGUAACAAACACGACUUUCUUUUAUAUAUAUAGAUUACUACUAUUUUAUGUUUAGAACAAUCUGACGUGACCCGAACCCUCUUUGGGGUACUUCUCCCCCCACAUGGGUGCCCUUUACCCCAUCUAACGGGACUAAUCUCUCUAUCUCGGAACAAUACACGUUAGGACAAGAUUGGUAUAAAGAGAGAUAUCGCAUUUGGGAACAACUCUACCCUAUAGAUUGUAGUUUGUAAAGAAUAUUGAAUUAUCAGUCGCAAAACUGUAAAUACAUAAGAAUAUUUAUAUGUAAUUUAAAAUUGAUGUGAUUACACUUUCUAUUUCAUAUUUAGCAAGCUACUAAAAUAAAUUAUACUAACAGCAUUG